AUGGCGGCGGAAGGGGUACUCGCGGGAGAGCGGGUGAGUGGAGGGAUUGAGGGGUUGCAGGUCUGCGCAGAGAGGGUGGGGCAGGUAGGAGCAGAAGAAGAUGGAGGGCAGGAGAGGGGAGAUGAGGAUAAUGUGGCGUCGGAGCAGAAUGGCACGGGCAGGGAGCGCGGGUUUCCUUCGGAAGAAGACGAAGAGGGAGAAGAUUAUGAGGGGGAGGAGGAUGAGCCAGAAGAAGGAGAGGAGGAGGAAGAAGAAGAAGGAGUGGAGGAAGACAGAGAAGGGCGGUGUCCAUUGACGCCGUCCUCGGAGCCUCUAGUGCCGCCAUCGUCUCACUCAAAUUUAACUCCGCCAUCUGAUCCCACCCCUUCAGAAUUUGUAAAUGGUGGGUACUACGAGGAGGAAGAGGAUGAAGAUGACGAAGAUGAGGGCAAUGAAGAUGAGGAUGACGAUGAUUCAGAGGCUAAUGCCCAGCCUCCUCUGAAAAAACAGAAAACCCUCACUUGCCUCACAACCCCUUCCUCCCCAUCCCCUGCAACUCCUGCAACUAACCUCUCUGCUACGACGGAAAAUUUGCUGCCACCAGCUGGCUCCUCCGCUGCAGCAUUGGAUGCAUCAGCUGCUUCCACCACUGCGUCUAAGAAACCCAAGAAGAAGAGCAGCAAUGUCUGGAGGAAAUCCGCAUCUCGCAAGGGGAAGAAAAAGGGAAAAUCAGGGGGGUCCAAUAAUUUCGCCCCUCCUGAGGACAAAGUGCUCAUCACGCCGAUUCCCCGGUUCCCCGACAAGUCCGAUGAUUCUCCUGAUGCAACCAUCAGCCUGUCGAAGGUAUACAAGGCUGAGAAAGUGGAGCUCAGUGAGGAUCGCCUCACAGCAGGAAGCACCAAAGGUUAUCGCAUGGUCAGGGCCACACGGGGCGUUGUGGAGGGCGCAUGGUACUUUGAAAUCAAAAUUGUUCGGCUUGGAGACACAGGGCAUACAAGGCUGGGCUGGACGACGGAGAAGGGUGACCUCCAAGCACCUGUUGGGUAUGAUGGCAACAGUUUUGGUUACCGGGAUAUUGAUGGUACCAAAAUCCACAGAGCCCUGAGGGAGAAAUAUGGGGAUGAGGGAUAUGCAGAGGGUGAUGUUAUUGGCUUCUACAUCAACCUUCCAGAUGGGGAAUCAUAUGCUCCCAGGCCUCCACACCUUGUCUGGUACAAGGGGCAGAGGUACAUGUACUCAGCAGAUGGUAAAGAUGAGCCUCCCAAAGAGAUACCCGGUGAGCGAAAAAUUCCUGGGAUAUUGCUGCUGACUUUCCUUUUCCUUUAUCUCUUCAUCUGGCUGUUAUGUAGUUGACUGCUUUUCCUUCUGGCGUUGAUUCUGUUUUUUUGAUCUUUUUAUGAAAUUCUUUUCAUUUGCCAAGACGGAUGUGCAAGCAAUCAGAUUAGACAGGACCCUUGGUUGGAAAAGAAAAACGUGUCCUCUAGAGAUGAGUACAAACCUUGCAGGCCGUAGAUUCUCAGAAUUUGUAGCUACGUGAGGUCGACUGUCUUCGGAGGGUACCACGGGUUUAGUCUUGGUGAACAUUGGAGUGUAAGUGGGGAAGCCUGCAGAUUUAUAAAAUCAGUGCAUGUGUCAGGCUGUUGUAUGGUUAUGCUGAUGUAUAGCAGACCAUUAUCUUUCUAUUUGCCAUCAUCCCUAGCUUAAUGCAUGUGCUAGUUUAGGUUUCUGUAGUUGGUUCCCAGCUCCUCAAUACUGACCUUCUUGAGCCAACGUUGAUAUUUCAGUUUGUUAUGACUAAGUAGAACUUUCCGGUCUUAGAAGGACCAACUUUCUAGGGUCAAUAUUGCCUUUUCUGUUUAUUUUUGGAAUAUAGAGGAAAUGGGUGUUUACAAUUGGGCUUUCCUAUUUCAGUUUUUUGGAUUGCUGUUGAAAAGAUGCGCUGUUCUUGAUUUGUGUACGUUUUUGAAAAAAAAGGGUAUGUUGUGCUAGAUAUUUUAUUCAGAUGUGGUUGAAUCUAGAAAGUAGAAGAUAGUUGCGAACCAUCGAGUUCAGUUGAGAACCAGUUGAUCAUGACUGGGACUGGUGGUGUGAUGCCUCAGUAGUUCCUAACGAGGACUGAAGACUUAUCGAGGAAUCCUUUGAGAUGGCGUUUGAUGAUAACAGGAAAUAUAUGAAAAAGUAGGGGAGGAGAAAGAAAUGGCGAAGCUUGAUGUGUAUAGCGAAGCUCCCCACGUUGAGAAUAAUUUGGGCACCUAAAGUUUUACCAUGAUCAAUGCGAGUUAAAUGUAUGGAAGUGGAUCGCUGAGGGAAAUUUCGUGGUGAAAUCUUUUGAUGAAUUUUUUAGGAUCUGAAUAAAGAAUGUGGUGAAAGAAUUUUGCAAUGGAAAAAGGUUCAUUUUACGAAAGAAAACAGGCCUACAAGAUAUUGCUUUUACGUCAAAGAGUCAUUAAAUUCACCAAGGUUACUGAACACAGUUGUAAAUCUGCGAUGGUCUAGGAUUAAGUCCAUUCAUCUGGUGGUUUAGUGGCUGGGACCUCAAUUUCCUGCAAACACGGAGAAGAAAAAUGAGUGGCUUGCGCUAGACGUUCUGAACCAUGAGGAAUUCAAUAAGACUCGAAGAUUCAUGUAUAUGUACGUUUAGAUAUAUAAGCAGCUUCUUGUUGAUAUCUUCUAGAACAGUGGGUUUGCUACCUGGUUUCUCUAAACCUGAUUGUGUCAUCAAUGUAAUUUUGUGAUCUGAGUACUCUCUAGAUCAGAAAACUAGUUCAUUAUAUGCUAGGCUUCCUUGGAUGAUAGAUUUGAGAAGAUCUGAUAGUCAUGAGUUCAGUAACCACUCUGGCAUGGUUUUAUUUGAAUUUUAUCACUACUGCAAUCUUCACCCACUUAGAAAACGAGGUGCAGGUGGUUUAACAUGUUAUAAUGUUGGGGAAAAGUUGUGAUCUAAAUGACUGACAAUGCUUUUCAGCAUGGGCUUGGUAAUCUAGCUGACCUGAAUCUGAGUUAAAUACAGUUUCUUUAUAGCUAAGAACUGAAGCAUUUGAACUAGAUGUAAGUGUUCAUUGACUUAAGGUUCUUUCCACGUAGUUUGGUGAUCCCUCCCUCUAGGCUGCCGCUCAUAGCAUACCUGCAUGUAAUGUUAAAAGCCAUAUGGCAGAAGUCAAUUAUGUACUGUUUUCCUCAUGAAAAUAAAGUGUAUAAUGCGUAGAGGGAAAUUGUGUUCAUGGUUGUCUUUCAAGAUCAAGAUGGUCUGUUACUAAACUCUUGUUUGAGAUCUUAGUGGCCAUUUGCGCAGAAGAAACAUCUCAUAAGGUGGUCAAAUCAUUUAUGUCACCAGGUACACUGUACUAGUUACAGCAUUGAGGGAGGAUUUUAUGGUUAAUACGGAGAAGAAAGUAGAAGUUGAUGACGAUACCCUCGGUCUUUCUGGUGUUCUCUAGGAUUAAGUGCUGCUGAUUUUUAUGAGAUCUGUAUCAAUAUUGGAUGAAUUACUGAAGCGUUUAAUUCAUUUAGGAGACGAUAAUGUGCCAAUAACACAAGAAAAUCACAUCAUUCUAGCUGGCAUAGGGCAAAAUAUGGGGGAAGGGUGAGAUUUGCAACUGGCCUUAGAAAUUAUCCUGAAAUUGUGGAUAUUAUCCAGAGAGACGCAUGACUCUGGGCCUACUUGAGGAUAAAUGUGUUGAGGAACCAAGGUCCAAUAAGAAAGCUUAACUACUGUAGAUGAAAAAGAUUUUUUAGGUGCCAUGCAUCACGUAAUAUGCAGCUAGUCCAUUCUUCUUGUAAUCCCAAUCUGAUGUCAACCUCUGUUUGUUGACGAAAUUAAAUCAUCAAUCAUCUGAAGGUAAGAAUCUUGGUGAUUAUUUAGUCCUUCACUAUUUCUGCUUUUAGCUUUGUUUCUUGACCACUAAUCAUAAUAACAUGAUUUUUUUUUCUUUAGCCAUAUAACUUGAGAUAUGCCAAUGAUGGCACAAACUAUUGAUGUAAGAGAGUCUUUUGCAGUAUAUAAUCAAAAUUCUCUGUAUCAAAAUGUGUGGGUUUACGUUUGUGUGGUUGUGAUUUCAUCAGAGCUCGUUCUUCUCCUCCUAUGCUGAAAUAUCCCCACUUUCUCUCCUGGCCAUUAUUAAACUAUGUUCAUUGAUUCAGGAAGCGAGAUUUCUUUCUUCAAGAAUGGGAUAUGCCAAGGAACUGCUUUCACUAAUCUCUUCGGCGGCCGCUAUUAUCCCGCUGCCUCUAUGUACACCCUCCCCAACCAGCCGAACUGCGAGGUGAGAUUCAACUUCGGACCCGAGUUUCAGUCUUUCCCCGAGGACUUUGGUGGACGGCCUGCCCCAAAGCCAAUGAUCGAGGCCCCCUAUCACGGAUAUGGCACCAAGGUCGAGGGCCCCAGCGGAAAUGAUGUCCCUGAGAAGCAAGUCAAUGGUGCCUCCUCCUAG